CUGAGACAAAGAGGCGGAGCAGUGUUUUUCUCUUCACUGCGGCCAGUCAGUGUCUGAUGGGGCAGAUUCAGCAGCAGCGGACGUGAUACCGGACUUGGUUUAAUCGGAAUCACUGCUGGGUUUUGAUUCAGAGAGAUCAUCUCAGUCAUGGAUAUUUCAGAACCCACAAAUUCGAACAACUAAACCUACAGUUUUUUAUUCUGCUACGAAUUAUCUGUUUUCAUUUCCUCAUAUUUUGUUUCAGUUGCCAGCGCCAUUGUAGGCUCCACCAUGGUGCAGAAGUAUCAGUCCCCAGUGAGGGUGUACAAACAUCCUUUUGAACUGGUCAUGGCAGCAUAUGAGAGGAGGUUUCCCACCUGUCAUCUGAUUCCCAUGUUUGUGGACAGUGAUGUGAUCAGUGAGGAGACCAGUGAAGAUCAGUCUUUUCAUAAGAUAGAGAGGAGGUGUAAACUUGAUGUGGAUGCACCGCGACUCCUCAAACGGAUUGCAGGCGUGGAUUAUGUCUACUUCAUUCAGAAGAACUCUCUGAACCACAGAGAAAGAACUCUUCAUAUUGAAUCUCACAAUGAAACCUUCUCCAACAGAGUCAUCAUUCAUGAAAUCUGCUGUUACUCGGUUCACCCAGAAAAUGAAGAAUGGACAUGUUUUGAACAAUCUGCCAGUCUGGACAUCAAAUCUUUCUUUGGUUUUGAGAGCACAGUGGAGAAGAUCGCCAUGAAGCAGUAUGCCAGCAGCAUCAAAAAGGGUAAGGAGAUUAUUGAAUACUACUUAAGGGAGCUAGAAGAAGAAGGUAUAACUUAUCUACCUCGGUGGAGCCCUUGCCCACCAUCACCCACAAAGGCAGUGGUGCCAGUUGUUAUUCCUGCAUUGCCCAUCACUCCCACAAUCUCCAUUGAAGCCCCUCCUGAGUGCUUGAAUGAGAUUCAAGUGUGUAAAGAGGGCAGCAGUUCUCCUGGCAGCCUGAACGACGCCCUUGUAGCCAGUCCAGAUGAUAAGCUGGAUGCUGACUACAUCAAACGGUAUCUGGGUGAUCUCACACCGCUUCAGGAGAGCUGUCUGAUUCGCCUGCGCCGCUGGUUACAAGAGACACACAAGGGCAAGAUCCCAAAAGAUGAGCACAUUCUACGGUUCCUGCGUGCACGGGACUUCAACAUAGAUAAGGCACGGGAGAUCCUUUGUCAGAGUCUGACCUGGAGGAAGCAACAUCAGGUAGACUACCUCCUGGACACCUGGAGCUCUCCUCAGGUGUUGCACGAUUACUAUACCGGAGGCUGGCACCACCACGACAAGGAUGGCCGUCCUCUGUAUAUCCUACGCCUAGGACAUAUGGACACUAAAGGACUGGUUCGAGCACUUGGAGAAGAAUCCCUGCUCAGACAUGUGCUGUCAAUCAACGAAGAGGGUCUGAGACGCUGUGAGGAGAACACCAAAGUCUUUGGUCGACCAAUUAGUUGUUGGACAUGUCUUGUCGAUCUUGAGGGGCUCAAUAUGAGGCAUCUGUGGCGUCCUGGAGUCAAAGCUCUGCUGAGGAUUAUUGAGGUGGUGGAGGCCAAUUACCCAGAAACCCUGGGCCGUCUACUCAUCCUCAGAGCUCCCAGAGUCUUUCCUGUCCUGUGGACGCUGGUGAGCCCAUUCAUUGAUGAGAAUACACGAAAGAAGUUUCUGAUCUAUGCAGGAAAUGACUACCAGGGCCCUGGCGGUCUUGUGGACUACAUUGAUAAAGAGAUCAUCCCUGACUUCCUUGGAGGAGAGUGUAUGUGUGAAGUGCCAGAGGGUGGCUUGGUUCCCAAGUCUCUGUACAGAACUGCAGAAGAACUGGAGAAUGAUGAGAUCAGGCUGUGGACGGAGACUAUUUACCAGAGUGCCAGCAUCUUCAAAGGAGCACCACAUGAGCUACUUAUUGAGAUCAUCGAUGCCUCCUCAGUCAUCACUUGGGACUUUGAUGUAUGUAAAGGUGAUGUGAUCUUCAAUAUCUACCACUCUAAACGAGCUCCACAGCCGCCAAGGAAAGAUCCACUGGCUACCCAUGGCAUCACCUCUCCUGCUGGCAACAACGUGCAGCUUAUAGAUAAAUCCUGGCUGCUGGGACAGGACUACAGCAUGGUGGAGUCACCCCUCACCUGCAAAGAGGGAGAAAGCGUGCAGGGAUCACAUGUGACACGCUGGCCAGGUUUCUAUAUUUUGCAAUGGAAGUUCCACUCUAUGCCAGCAUGCGCCACCACAAACCUACCUCGGGUAGACGAUGUUCUGGCUACUCUGCAGGUGUCCUCUCACAAGUGCAAAGUCAUGUACUACACUGAGGUUCUUGGCUCAGAGGACUUUAGAACGGCUUGCUGCGAUGUGCAGAGUUUGGGCUCAAUGACCAGUUUGGAAUCCAGUCACAGUGGUUUUUCUCAGCUCAGCGCUGCCACCACAUCCUCCAGCCAGUCACAGUCCAGCUCUAUGAUCUCCAGCAGACGAUACUAGAGAUUUGGCGACCCAGAUGGGACUGGAAAAGAGCAGCAGAGUGGACAAUCGCUAUUGAGCUGAACGAUGAUCAACACAACCGGGUGGCCACCAUAAAAUAAGGUAAGCAUUUUUGUUUAUAAAAUUCAUUUGUGUUGGUUGAGGUCAGUUCUGAGUGGUAAGGAAACUUAAAAUCUGCUCUUCCAAAUUUAGAAAAAUAAUCGGAUAUCUAAAUUAAAAAAGGGGUUUUACUACAGAAGAAAUAACUGCAUGCACAUAUUUGGUUUAUUAAUAGGAAAGCCUUGGAAGGUAACCUUAAUUUAAAACAAAGAUGGUGUAGGCAGAAAGACAUUGUAUGCAAUGGUCUGUGUUUAUUGGAGACCUAGGAAGGACAGUAAUAAACAGAGAAGCAGAUUAGUUAAGGAAUCGCAAGAAAAGCCCCACGGCUACCGCUUUGAGAAAGAAUAAAGUGAAAGGUCACUGUCUCAAAGGUCAGAACAGGUGGGCCCUUAAGGACGCUCUAGGGAAGAGCGGUGUUUUGUUGUGUGGAUGUAACUGUGUCCGGACGAAUGAAUGUGUGAACAAUGAUGAAUGUAUGAACAAAUAAAUUCUGUAUUGGGCGGGUAAAAGUUGAGCACCAUUCCUGGACAGUCCCUUUAGUGGGGCCUGGCAGAAUUGGACUCAACUAGUAUCCACUUGAGAGGGAUGAAACUAUGAUGAGCCUUGAUAAUAAAAGGACAAUUAAUGACUGAUUAUCCCUUAGAUAAAGGGAAAAAGUAUGCACGAAUAAGCACUCUGGCUCAAUAAAGAGUGUAGAAAGUGUGAAUGAGUGUAGGAAAAUAGUAUCAAUAAAGUUUGAAUCAAGAUCUAUAAUAGAUUUUUGCAUUUUGGAUGUCUGUGUGAAAUAGGAGAAAAUUCUCUGAGCCCAGUGCACUGGGAGUGAGAGCAAGGGAUGAAGUUUCCACAUUAAAGUUGUAUUACAUGGGUGGACGAAAAAGGAAAGCGAAGUAAAAAAAAAAAAAAAAGAAUUAUUGUUAGAAAUUGUUAUCUAAAAAGUGAUAAUAAAAUAGAGCAAAUAAAAUAGACAGUCAAAUAAUAAUAUAAAUAAAAAAAGUGUAAAUGCAUGAGACAAAAUAAAAAACUAAAUUCAAAGAGGUAUGACCCACAGUAAAGAAUAAAAAGUAGGGUGAAACUAUUGGUAAAAAAAUAGUUAAAUUAAGUGAAAGGAAAAGAAGAGAUUGUAACCAAGUUACUAUAUAAAACUAAACAGUUGAUUUUUGAUGGUAAUAAUAUAAAUAAAGAUAUGGCAGCCACACCAGUGGAAAUAAUUGGAUUAAAAUAUCCACUGUGUAAAGAGCAAAUAAACAAAAUCUAAAAAAAAAUAAAUGGCAGAAGAGAACAAAAAAUAUUAUGACAAAAUGGCCAAAGAAAGGGACAUUUAAUGGCAAGCACGUACAGCAUUAGAAAAAAUGAAACAUCAUCAGGAAGAUAAAACCUGGUUUGAGGAAGGAUAGAGAUAUUGUAGUACAAGUCCAAGCUAUGGAAGAAGAAAUGGAAGAGAAAAUUAGAGAAUCAGGGAAAAAGAUCCGAGAGGUAAAUAAGUUGGAGACAGGAAAGAGUAAGUUGUUCUAUGGUAGUGAGGAUGAGAAUCAGGCAGAGGAGUUAUUUGAUAACGGUAAAUGGGAACAGGCCAGAGAAAAAGGGACACUUAGACCACUGGCCGCACAGCUCCCAAUUUUAAUCAAGGGUGAGCAGGGACAGUAUGUCCCCUGGGCUUCACAGGACUUCGAGGGGCUUGUCACUCGCCUUCUUGAUAUUCAUGAGGGGGCGGGGAAAUGGAUUAGAAUGUUUGAGGAGGAAACAAUGGGAAAGCUAUUGUCAGUGGGUGAUGUUAAAGCUCUGCUGGCUAAAAUUAUUGUAGGGACAAAGAUGGAUGAAAUUCUUCUUACAACGACUCUAAACAGAACAGUGAACUCUCACAUAAUGGAUGGGAUUGUUUUUAAUGCAUUCCGCCCAGCAGUAUGGCAGGCAUUGCGUGCGGAGUAUUCGAUCAGACUGAAUCCUAAAUCACUGAAGGGAGAAGAGGUGGGGGACACAGAAAAUCCAACCACAUAUGUUCAGAAACAGCUGAAAAGGUGGAAACAAGAAACUGAGGGGGAUCCCGAAGGAGACCCAUUAAUGGCAACAUUGUUUAGACAAGCUGUGAUUGAUGCUAUGCCGCCAGUGGUAAAAAGCAAGCUGGAGGAUGUGGUCGGUUUAACUUCUAAAACACACAAAGAAUUUUGUGACCAUGUGUCUCAUGCAGUGGAACAAAACAGAAAAAAUGAAAAAAAAAUCAAAAGUCAAAAGAAAGAGUUACAACGUAAACUAACUCAAUACCAGCUUAAAGAACUCACAAAAAAGAAGAAAAAUAUUCAAGCUUCAGUAACAAAUGCAGCAGCAGAACAAAUUACUAUAAUGUCUCCAGUAAUUUCUCCACAACCAACUCUUCAGUCAAGCCCACUUACAGCAGUCCCUCCAAAUGAACACUUGAACUCUGUGCCCAUAAUAAAUGUUUAUACUCAACAGCCAGGACAAAUGGGAAGGAGAAAAAAAAACAUACAGAAAGGCCAAAGAGGCAGAUGCAGAGGCAGGCCUCCAGGUUUGUGCUGGGGUUGUGGACAGCCCGGGCACAGUAAAACUGACUGUCCAACUUGCCCAUGGCUACAGCAACCUCAUGGUGGAAGGGAGCUGAGCUGGCAACAGCCUAACCAGGGUCCAGUACAGGGCCCAGUAAACCCUUGGGGAGGUCCCAAUCUAGGCUAUUAGGGGUGCCCAGAGAAUCCUAAAGGGGAGAGUCAGCUUCCAGUUUUAUCAACAAAAGCUGAUCAAGAGCCUAUUAUGCAGAUUAAAAUAGAGGGAAAACAAAUUCCGGUUAUGGUAGAUACCAACCCAUUCUCACUCCAAAGGCGUCAAAUAUCGAAGCAUGGUCAAGCGCCCCUAGCGUCACUUCUAUGACGCCAAAUGUGCCUCUCGACGUCGAAAUAUCGACGCACUACGACCUUCAUUGCUUUCAGUGGGAAACUUUUGGCGUCAGAAUUUUUAUCGCUAUGAAAUCAGGUUCAAGAAGUCUCAUUCAGCACACAUCGCGAUAAUUGCUAUCAGUUCCACAGUUUGGUUGAGUAGUCAUAAAUACGCUCUUUUAAUGCCUUUUAUUAAAUGUACUCUGUCUUCUUUAUUAAUCAGAUUAGCACCAUAUGUUUAAUCGCUGUAUUAUAUCGAUCAUCCGCAGCUGUCUUUGAGUUUCAUUGCGUUUAAAUAAAUGAACACAGCUGCUAAUUUGUGUGAUUAAACUAUCUGUCACGUGACGUGCCAUAGACCUUCGAUCCGUUUUAUAUUAAUUUCAGGUUCAAUGAUGUAAGUUGUAUUUGUAGUAAAACCAUGGUAAUCACGGCACUUACAAUAGUAAUAAAUGAAAUGUGAAGUUAAAACACAGUAAACGGGACAUUUACCAUGUUUUUACCAAAGUAACUGUAGUUUUACUAUGGUAUAUUAAUAAUCAAUACAACAAUACAAUAAUCACCAAACCAGCUAUGUUUGUAUCACUGUAAUAUUAGUGUUUUAAUGUGCUUUUAUAUGACAGAUAUCACAGUAAUCAUAUGUUCUGUACCAUGCUUUUAAUACCUUUUAAUGUAAAUCAAAAAUAAAUAAAUAAAUAAAUAAAUAAAUAAAUAAUAAAAAAAU